AUGAAAAUAGUUCAGAUACCAUUGCUGAAGGACAACUACGGCUACCUUGUGAUCUGCGAGAAGACCAACAAGGCCGGCAUCGUCGAUCCCUCCGAGGGAGAGCCGGUGUGGCGCCGGGUGCAAGAAGAGGGCGUCGAGCUCAUCGCCAUCCUCAACACCCACCAUCACCGGGAUCACACCGGCGGGAACGAAUACCUGCUGCGGCAGAAGCCGGAGUUGGAGGUGUUCGGCGCCAAGGUGGAUGAAGACCGCAUCCCGGGCAUCACCCAUACCCUUAAAGAGGGGGACGAGGUCCAGGUGGGAGAGGAGCGCGGGAGCGUGCUGUUCAUCCCCGGUCAUACCCGCGGCCACAUCGCCUUCGUAUUUCCCGGCAGACUUUUCAGCGGCGACGCCUUGUUCACCGGCGGAUGCGGCCGGGUCUUCGAGGGAACCCCCGAACAGAUGACCGCGUCCCUCGGAAAGCUGCGGGGCCUGGCCGGAGACACGCUGGUCUACUGCGGCCACGAGUACACGGAGAAGAAUCUCCAGUUCGCGCUGACCGUGGAGCCUAACAACGAGAAGAUCCGCAGGAGGCUGGAGGAGGUUCAGGAGCUCAGGGCCAGGGACCAGUUCACGGUGCCGUCCCGCCUCGGAGAGGAGCUCGAGACCAAUCCGUUUCUCCGCUGGGAAAGCGAUGAGAUCCAGGCCGGGCUUUCCGAGCGCUUUCCGGGCCUCGGAACCGACCCGGUUUCGGUGUUCGCCAAGGUCCGAGAGCUCAAGGACGUCUACUAG